AUGGCAUGUCCAUUUAUAGAGGAUCCUGUAGAUGAGGAGGCUGUAUUAAUUCGCAGGGAAUUGAAUUUACGUCGGGAGAGGAUUUUGAGGCCACGAGUUGAUUUUUUGUCAUAUCCCCAUGUAUUUUUAUUUGAGCGGUACCGUUUUUCUAGAGCGUCCAUAACAUAUAUCCAUACUCUUAUCCACCCAUACAUCAGACACAUCACCCAUCGUGGCCGUGCUCUUACAUCCGAGCAGAUGCUUUGUGUUGCGUUACGUUUUGUUGCAAACGGCAGUUUUCUUUAUAACAUCGGGGAUGCAGAGCACAUUAGUAAGGCCACAGUAUGUAGAAUAGUUCGGAAAGUGUGCCUCACCCUCAAGCGCUUUCUGUUAUUUUUUGUUGUGUUUCCUGGGCACAAACCCCUCAGAGCCAUUAAAGAGGAGUUUCACAGGAUUGCAGGAUUUCCAAAUGUGGUUGGAUGCAUUGAUGGAACACAUAUUCCCAUCAAUGCACCUUCUGAAAAUGAAGGGGACUAUGUCAACAGGAGGUCCAUCCACAGUAUUAAUGUGCAGAUCAUAUGUGAUGCUUCACAUAUUAUCACGAACGUGGAGGCCAAGUGGCCCGGCUCUGUUCAUGACUCACGAAUAUAUCGUGUGUCAACCCUAAGUAACAGGCUGCAAUGUGGAGAGAUUGAUGGCUUUCUGCUGGGAGAUAGGGGUUACCCAUGCCAGCCCACACUGAUGACCCCUUACCCAGAACCUGCAGCAGGCCCCCAGCAGCGCUUUAAUGUGGCACACUGCAGAACAAGAGCCCGGGUGGAAAUGACCAUAGGCCUGUUGAAAGCACGUUUUCAUUGCCUACGUCACCUCAGGGUAACACCUGAGAGGGCCUGUGACAUUAUUGUGGCAUGUGUUGUUCUCCACAAUAUUGCCAUUAUUAGAGGGGAGCAACACCCUGCCCUACAAAUACAAGACCCUGAGGACGACCCCAUCCACCCUGCAGAUAACCAGGAUGGAAGGGCAGUCAGAGAUUGGAUAUGCCGUAAUGUCUUCUGGGAUUAAUCUACAACCACCACCAUCACCACCGAUGAAAGACAGAAACGGAAUAAAUGCAAAUCAUACUUUA